AGUCGAGGUUAUCUGUUGAACUGGCGCAGGGGAGGCAUCUCUCAAAGCUCUCCCUGGAGCCCUGUGCGGUCCUGGCUGCGGGGGGGUUAUUAUCAUUCAUCAACAAUUAAAUGAUGGGACUCUAACGAGGUGGCCGAACUUGCCCUCACCGCUCCGACAAUGACAACACAAAGAGCGAGCGAGGCAGAAAUGUGACAACACUUGUCAGCAGGCUUCAGAGCGACGGCAGCUGCGGGGUCCGCUCCUUGCGUUUGGCACCACGACGGGCGAGGAAACCCCGAGGAUCCGGGCCUUGCCGUCCGGAUGACACCGGUCGGAGCCUGCCGCGCCGCUCUCCUUAGCUAGCAGUGGCUAAGCUAACAGAUGCCUUCCCGCGACUUCGCAGCAAUUGUAAAUGGAGAACUUGACGCGAGCAGCUGUAUUUGAGGUGUGCGGGGCCGCGGGUCGUUGAGGAGUUCGCCGGCGGCGGCGGGGACGACAACGUCAUUUCUAGGGCCGCGAGUGACUGAAAGCUGCUCGAGCUUCUCCAGGCAUGAUGGAAGGACUUCAUAGUCAGGCUAUAAGCCUGGACCCACGCAGGCAGGAACUGCUUGAGGCUCGCUUCACUGGAGUUGGUGUGGCCAAGAGUUCAGCCAACAGCGAAUCAUCCAACCAGUCACUUUGCAGCGCGGGGUCACUGAGUGACAAGGAAGUGGAGACACCAGAGAAGAAGGCCAAUGACCAGAGACGCAGGAAGAGAAAAGGAGACAUCUAUGACAGCAAUAGUCAGGGAAAGGGGAGAGGACACAAAAUAAGUGAUUAUUUUGAGUUUGCUGGUAGCAGUGGCUCUGGCACCAGUCCUGCCCGGGGCAUCCCCAUGCUGGUGCGCUCCUCUCCACAACACUCACUGUCUAAUCCUCUGCAGUUUCAGCACGGCAGUCCGUCGUCCACCGGCUCAGCCCACACAGACUCUUCAUCUUGCAGCUCUGUGAAGACGGCUCCCACACACUCCUGCUCGCACAAGGCCACACAGUCAGAGCUGACGCUGCUGAAACUGACAGCACUGGAGAGGAACAAGAACUCAGACCUGGAGCAGAAAGAGGGGAGAAUAGAUGACCUGCUGAGGGCUAAUUGCGACUUGAGGCGGCAGGUAGAUGAGCAGCAGAAGAUGCUGGAGCGCUACAAGGAGCGGCUUAACAAGUGUGUGACCAUGAGCAAGAAGCUGCUGAUUGAGAAGUCAAAGCAGGAGAAGAUGGCUUGCAGGGACAAGAGCAUGCAGGACCGUCUGCGUCUGGGUCACUUCACCACUGUUCGCCAUGGAGCCUCCUUCACCGAGCAGUGGACCGAUGGGUUUGCCUUCCAGAACCUCAUCAAGCAGCAAGAGAGAAUCAACUCGCAGCGCGAGGACAUUGAGAGGCAGAGGAAGCUGCUGGGGAAGAGGAAACCUCCCUCCAUGGCCCAGACGCCUCCACCCAGCCUGGAGCAGAGCAAAAGAAAGAGCAGGAGCAAUGGCCAGGAGAAUGAAGCAUUGUCGCUGGCAGAUUAUCAUGAGCAAGAAGAGAUUUUCAAACUUCGUAUUGGUCAUCUAAAAAAGGAAGAGGCAGAGACCCAGUCAGAGCUGGAGCAUUUGGAGCGAGUGAGAAACCUGCACAUUCGGGAGCUGAAGAGAAUCCAUAAUGAGGACAAUUCGCAAUUUAAAGACCACCCGACGCUGAAUGACCGAUAUCUGCUCUUACAUUUACUCGGAAGAGGUGGCUUCAGUGAAGUAUUCAAGGCUUUUGAUUUGACAGAGCAAAGGUAUGUGGCCAUUAAAAUCCAUCAACUCAACAAGAACUGGAGGGAGGAGAAGAAGGAAAACUACCACAAACACGCCUGUAGAGAGUACAGAAUCCACAAAGAACUCGACCACCCUAGAAUAGUCAAACUCUACGACUAUUUCUCACUCGACAAAGACUCGUUCUGCACAGUGCUGGAGUACUGCGAAGGCAACGAUCUGGACUUCUACUUGAAGCAGAAUAAGCUGAUGACUGAGAAGGAGGGCCGCUCGAUUGUCAUGCAGAUUGUCAACGCGCUCAAGUACCUCAACCAGAUCCGGCCACCCAUCAUCCACUAUGACCUCAAGCCUGGAAACAUCCUGUUAGUGAACGGCACAGCUUGCGGAGAGAUUAAGAUCACCGACUUUGGCCUGUCUAAGAUCAUGGAUGAUGACAGCUACAACUCGGCAGAUGGCAUGGAGCUGACCUCACAGGGAGCAGGGACCUACUGGUACCUCCCUCCUGAGUGCUUUGUGGUGGGCAAGGAGCCCCCGAAAAUAUCCAACAAGGUGGACGUUUGGUCAGUGGGGGUCAUCUUCUACCAGAGCUUGUAUGGACGCAAGCCGUUUGGUCACAACCAGUCGCAGCAGGAUAUUCUUCAAGAAAACACCAUACUAAAAGCCACCGAGGUGCAGUUUCCCCCCAAACCUGUGGUCACCACAGAAGCAAAGGCUUUCAUUCGACGUUGCCUGGCUUAUCAUAAGGAGGAUCGUGUGGAUGUGCUGCAGUUGGCCAGCGACCCCUUCCUAAAGCCCCACAUUCGAAAAGCCCUGGGCAGCAGUGCGCCUCUCGCACCUCCUGCUCCCUCCACCUCCAGCUGCUACGGCAGCAGUGCCUCCGACUGAACCGGGCUGAAAGAAACUGGAAUAAACCCCAGUUUUAGGACAAAAGCCACGCAAGCGACGUUACACACUUGAUGAAACUCCUCCUUUGUUCUCUCCAUUGCGAGAGAGAGAGAGCAGAGAGCAUGAUGGGACGGGGGGAUCGUGACAGUGUGAAUGGAACCAAAAUGAUGGAUGAUGUGGUUAUGUAGCAGUAAAUGUGCCCACCACCGUCGUCCAAGUGGUAAAAAUGAAUAGCCAGUCUCUGGCUGUGGGCUCAGUAGAACCCAAAGAUUUGCCCAUAUGCAUGCACUAACCCAAAAACGUUGGCUCAUUUCUUCGGGGCUUUUUAACAUGAUAAAUAGUAAAAGCACCCAAAAUAUUGCACAACUGACUUACACGCUGAGAAGUUUGCCACGUGUGGAGGAUCACCUGCCUGUACUCUGAAAGGCUUAGAAGAAGCAUAGAUAAGAAUCCAUCCCAUUCUGCUUGACAUGCACCAUCUUAACUAUUUCAAAAUUACAUCAAGCUAUUUUUCAGAACCAGAGAUCAGUUUCAAAUUCGUCUCCCUUGAGGUUUGGCACUUUUUAGGAAGGGCUUCUACGAGUGAUGAGGAGUGACCGGUGACCAAAGUUUAAGGAGCUGAUGUGGAGAGGUUCAUGAAUGACUUGAUACAGAAGAGGGCUGAUUCUGAAAGGAGUAACUGGUUUAGACCUAUUUUAAAAUAUUUUACUGGAUAACUGGAAGUCAGCUUAUUAUUUUAAUUGUUAAGUCCAUAUUUUUCCAUAAAAUGUACCCCCUCUGACGUUUUUGUUAACCUUAAAGAGGGGGCUGACUAUGAAUGAGUGUUGUGAUGAGAGGCUAGAUUCAAAUAAUUAUGAAACCAUUAAAAACAUUUGGUUAA